CGUCCAUCCAAUCGACAGACCCGCCCCUCCACGUUGUUGCCUGGAGGGGGACGCCGUCUUCCUCGCUCCAACAUCUUUACUUCCGUUUGGUUGACAGAUGAUCCGGAAGUUUAAGAGAAUAUGUGGCUUGCGCUCCAAAUUUUGGCCGUACAGCAUUUUGUCUUACAACAGGCAUCUGUCCACUUUUUACUCACUAAAGCCUUACACCGUAUGUCCUAUGUUUCUUGAGUUUAAACGCACUGCGGAAUAUGCUUGCCUUUCUCGUUUGGAAUCGUAUCCCGGAAGUGAAACCCUGAGUCAUCGGAAGUGAUUGGGAGUGAGCGAACAGCCUGAUGUCUGGAGGGCCUGGGUGGGUAGGCUUCGGAAUGCGAUAGAAGUGCGCGAAGUUAGCUCUGUUACACCGAGCCUGAGAGCCUGUGAAGCGAAGCUUCCUGACACAGGGAGAAUCCGGAUCUUAGAGGUUUUUCAGUAGAAGUCUUGGAGUACAUUUUCCUUGAUUAAGGGGAAAAAAUGACUACUCUUAAAAGUUUAGAAACCAAAGUCACCCUUAAUUCAACCCCAAUCCGAGGAGCAGGAGAUGGAAUGGAAACUGAAGAGCCACCUAAAUCUGUUGAAGUCGCCUCUGGGGGCCAAUCCAGAAAUUCGCAUCACAGCCUACAGAGUCCAUGGAAGAAAGCAGUUCCUUCAGAGAGCCCAGGAGUUCUUCAGCUAGGAAAAAUUCUCACUGAAAAAGCAGUGGAAGUCGAAGCUGUAAGAAUAUUAGUUCCCAAAGCUGCUAUAACUCAUGAUAUCCCCAACAAAAAUGCAAAGGUUAAGUCUCUGGGACAUCAGAAAGGAGAAUUCCUUGGUCAGUCAGAGGGAGUUACUGACCCUAAUAAGGAACUCUCAGAGGUAAAGAAUUUAUUAGAAAAGCUCAAGAACUCUGAACAAAGGUUACUGCAGGACAAAGAAGGUCUUUCAAACCAGCUCCGAGUACAGACAGAGGUAAAUCGUGAAUUAAAAAAGUUGCUGGUGGCUUCUGUUGGGGAUGAUCUUCAGUAUCACUUUGAACGUCUAGCCCGUGAAAAAAAUCAGCUUAUUUUAGAAAAUGAAGCCCUAGGUCGAAACACAGCUCAGCUUUCAGAACAGUUAGAACGUAUGUCAAUACAGUGUGAUGUAUGGCGAAGUAAAUUCCUCGCAAGCAGGGUAAUGGCAGAUGAGUUAACCAACUCAAGAGCAGCUUUACAACGUCAAAACCGUGAUGCACACAGUGCUAUACAGGAUCUCCUGAGUGAACGGGAACAGUUUCGUCAGGAAAUGAUAACUACCCAGAAAUUAUUGGAGGAGCUUUUAGUCUCCUUACAGUGGGGAAGAGAGCAAACUUACUCCCCUAGCGCACAACGCCACAGCACAGCAGAACUGGCAUUAACAAAUCACAGGUUGGCAAAAGCAGUACAUUCUCAUCUUCUGGGAAAUGUUGGUAUUAACAUUCAAAAAGAGAUUUCAUCAACAGUUGAAUUCUGCAGCACCCCAGCUGAGAAAAUGGCUGAGACGGUUCUACGCAUUUUGGAUCCAGUUACCUGUACAGAGAGCUCACCUGAUAAUCCAUUUUUUGAGUCUUCACCAGCUACUUUACUUGCUACAAAGAAAAAUAUUGGACGAUUUCAUCCCUAUACUAGAUAUGAAAAUAUAACUUUCAAUUGCUGCAAUCACUGCCAGGGAGAACUUAUUGCCCUUUAAUAUUCAGUAUGUUGGAGGAAUGCUACAGGUUACUUAAUAUAAAACUCUUAGAAAGAAACAUAGGGGAAAGCUUCAUGACAUUGGAUUUGGCAGUGAUUUCUUAGAUAUAACACCAGAAGUUCAGGCAGCAAAAGAAAAAAAUACAUACAUUGAAUUUCAUCAACAUUUAAAACUUGGGUACAUCAAAGGAAGCAGUGAAAAGGCAA